UGGCAGAAGUUAAAUUAUACUGGGAACAGCGUGAAAAGAAGGAAUAAAUUGGUGCUGCCGCGAAUAGAAUUCAACUUUUUUCGGCCGUGAAGGUGCGCAGUAGUUGGAAAAAAACAAGUGUAGCUCUAAAAACUGUUCUUUGUGCAGCAAACGAUAGAACUCGCGGUGGGAUAAGAAGCGAGUAUUGACCAGAACGUCAGCAGAAAUUAGACAAAAAAUAUAUUCGAGAGUGAUUCUUCUGACGACGAUCCGCCCGUGGAGAAGUAUUAGAGUGUGGUUAAUCAUCCAUCGAGCACAUAUACCACUACCAAUAUACACGGGUUUCAGUGCUAAAGCAGUCGAGCAAAUUGGACGAAAAAUGGCGUCGAUAGAUUCUCAGAUGAAAAACCGAAUGCAGGGUUUUAAAAACAAAGGAAAGGAUCAGGACGAAAUGCGGCGCCGCCGUAAUGAGGUAACAAUCGAACUGCGCAAGAAUAAGCGCGAAGAAACUAUCCUCAAACGGCGUAACGUUCCGCAGACUACGGCUGAGUCAACAGACGAAGAUGAUUAUACAUCGCCUUCAAACUUAAAAAAAUUAGUUGAAAAAGCAGGAAACAGUGCUGACAAGGAUGAACAACUAGCAGCAGUACAGUCGGCUAGACGUUUGUUGUCAUCUGACAGAAACCCGCCGAUUGAUGCGCUAAUACAAAGUGGAAUCCUGCCAAUCCUAGUUGGAUGUCUGGAACGGGACGAUAACCAGUUGUUGCAAUUCGAAGCAGCAUGGGCUUUGACAAAUAUCGCCUCAGGAACUUCAACACAAACUAAUCAAGUGGUUCGCGCUGGUGCAGUGCCACUUUUCUUGCGCUUACUUGGUUCACCUGCACCCAAUGUAUGUGAACAGGCCGUUUGGGCACUCGGUAAUAUCAUUGGAGAUGGACCAUGUCUUCGGGAUUACGUUAUCAAGCUAGGUGUUGUCCAGCCCCUGUUAUCCUUCAUCAAGCCGGAGAUUCCAAUUCCAUUUCUGCGAAACGUCACAUGGGUGAUUGUGAAUCUGUGUCGUAACAAGGAUCCCCCGCCACCAGUUGAUACGAUUUUGGAAAUUCUACCAGCGCUCAAUAUGCUAAUUCAUCAUACCGACAUUAACAUCCUCGUAGAUACCGUGUGGGCCCUAAGCUAUCUAACCGACGGAGGUAAUGAACAGAUCCAGCUCGUGAUCGACAGUGGCGUAGUGCCGAAGCUCAUCCCCCUCUUAUCACAUGUGGAAGUGAAGGUGCAAACAGCAGCGUUGCGAGCAGUUGGUAACAUUGUCACCGGUUCGGAUGAUCAAACACAGGUCGUAUUAAACUGUGAUGCUCUGUCCCACUUCCCCUCGUUGCUGAGCCAUUCGAAAGAUAAAAUACGUAAAGAGGCGGUUUGGUUCCUGUCGAAUAUUACGGCCGGAAAUCAGACUCAAGUGCAAGCGGUUAUUGAUGCCGGACUUCUGCCGAAAAUCAUCGAAAAUCUUAGUAAGGGCGAAUUCCAGACGCAGAAAGAGGCUGCAUGGGCGAUCAGCAACUUGACGAUAAGCGGUAACCGGGAGCAAGUCGCACAGCUCAUCAAGGACGGAGCCAUACCGCCGUUCUGCGAUCUACUCACCUGCAAGGAUACUCAAGUUAUCAACGUCAUCUUGGAUGGUAUCAAUAAUAUGCUGAAGUUAGCAGGUCCAGAGACAGAGGAAAUUGCCAACAUGAUAGAAGAGUGCGAUGGUGUUUCCAAGAUCGAAAUUCUGCAAAAUCAUGAAAACAUCGAGAUCUACAAGCUGGCAUACGAUAUUAUCGAGCAGUUCUUCUCAGAUGAGACCGACGAAGCAGUGCUGGACGAACUGAGACCGGCUGCCGAUGAGAACGCGUUCCAGUUCAAUCAGAAUCCAAACGUACCCAGAGACGGGUUCAACUUUUAAAAUCAACAGCGAACUUCAGAACACUCUCAAACACACACCCACACACACCAACAGGCAGGUAACAGAUGGCUAGUAAAUGAAACAAGACAACCAGAUCGCACUAUCAACUAUAUCUUCCCUUAGAAUCAAACACCUUGCUUUGGUUUUGCAAAUUGACACGCCAGUCACCAGCUCUUGUUCUUUUUCUAUACUGCACCAUUGAUAAAAUCAGCUCAGUUACUUUUCAAGUCAGAUGAUGGUGACGAACAUGUUAGCGCUAGGAGAUAGAAACACACACACACCUAUACUCUUUGGAUGGUGCCGUUAGUCAGCGUGCAAACAAGCAAGGGAAAAGGAGAAAAAAAUAGUUUGCUUAAGAUUUACUUCAAGUCUAAUUGGAAGAAACAAGUUAAUACUAUCUAUUUAUUGUAUAACCCACAGCCAGAAAAUAAGGAAAUGAAAUGCUGAAAGGACAGUUUAGGGUAAACUAAGGACAAACAGCAAUACCAUCAUCAGUCAAACAUGCACACUCAUACACACUCAACUACACCCCAUUCGGAGACGCUUGCAUACUGUAAGUGAACAAACACGAGACCGCUGGAAAAAUUUACAUCAUUUUUGUAAAAAAAGAAAAUAUUAGGCGGAUUUAGAGUUCCUUCCCUUCUUCAAUUUAAAGGGCCUUCGUGUAGGAAGAUUUUUAUGUCUAAUUUUUUUAAUAGUUAAUAGUGUUCAUUUAUUUUUGAAAACAUCCUAUUCACGCUAAUGCGAAGAAAUAUUCUUGUGUGGAAAAAUGGCAAAGAAUAUAUUUUUUGUCAAAUUGCCUCACCCUGGGAAGAAGGGAAGGAUUGUUGCGAAAAGGGCUAAAUUUUCAGAAGAAAAUAUAUAUUAAACGUCAAUCGCUAGUUUAGCAGAUGAAAAAUAAGCGCAUUGAAGAGAAGUGUAGUGGAUUCAAAGCAUUAGGGAAAUGUUGCUUUUAAAACAAAAUCCAUUUACUGGAUGGGAGAACAUGAUUUUCCAUGUAAAAAGGCAUAUUUUUAUAUUAUAAAUAUUACCGAUCAAAAUAAACCAAUGGACUGUAAUUUAGCAACUUGUGUUGAGCAACUCUUCCUAGUCGGAAGCAGUGCGGUUUGUCGCCAAAAAAAAAAAAGUAAAAAAUACAACAAAGAAACUUCUCAUUUUGCAGAACUCGCAAAGGCUGCCCUUUUUGAUUUAGCUUAAGAAAUAAUUGUAAAAUAAUUAAAAAAAAACACACACACAAACGAACAGAAGACUUGGAAAGUUGCGUAUGUGGGAAAGAAAGGGUACAAUUGCACUUAACUGGUUGACGAAUCCCUUCGCUGAAUCCACAUUACGAAUUAAACUGAGGGCGCCGUAAGCUCUUAAUGAAAUUAAGCAGUAGCGCUCUCGCAGAUUUUUGUAAUUAUUUUCUCACACAAACGAAUCAAAACAAACGAGUUGCCAAUCCCUUGCGCGGGUAUCAACGGAUAUAUCACCUGUGGGGAGAAAAAGAAGCUCACACCACGUAAUAUUGCGUGUUAGGAUUUUUAACAAAUUUGUUCUUACGGGGUGCAAAUAAAAGUUGCACCUAAAAGAACGCACGAUGUUGGUGAUAGACACCAAAAUACGAAGUUGUUUACAAUGUUGAAACGAAUUAAACGCAGAACGGUAAACUCAAACUAGAAAAUUUAAUUUUCGAAUUAUGGACUUGAAGCUGAGAUGAUAAAUCGGUUAGAAAAAUAAAACGACAUUACCAUUUUUAUGUAUUUAAGCAUGGAACAAAUUGAAACUACAAACAAACAGAAACAAAGAAUACAACACAGACACCUACACAACUGAACAGUGAAAGAAAAAAUAAAAACAUUUAUUUUUUGUCCUUUCUGGAAAUUGAAGAUAUAAUAAAAGGCAAAAGAAUGCUAA